AUGGGUGGUGCAGCAGGUGGAGGAGGUGGAGGAGCAGCAGCAGCAGCAGCAACAGCAGCAGCACAUCAUAAUACAUAUCAUGGAUUACCAAGAAGAUUACUUAAGGAUAAUGUUGCGCUGCUGCUGCUGCUGCAGCGCAAAACGGACAGCAACCAGCAGCAGCAGCAACAGCAGCAGCAGCCGCUGCAGCAGUGUGACCAGCAGCAGCUGCUGCUUGUUUGCAAUGUGCACAUCACAGCAAAUCCUGAGGCCAGUGACGUCAAACUAUGGCAAACGCAAACCCUACUCGCAGUAUUAGAGGAGUAUAUGUCUGGGUUUAUUGGUGUGUGUAGUUUACCACGAUUAGUAAUUUGUGGUGAUUUUAAUAGUCCUCCUCCUUCUAGUGUAUAUAAACUUCUUACAUGGGGAUCAAUUAAGGGUUUAUCUAUUCAUGAUCAGCAGCAGCAGCAGCAGCAGCAGCAACAGCAGCAUCAGCAUCAGCAGCAACAGCAGCAGCAACAGCAACAACAACAGCAACAGCAACAACAACAACAACAGACUCAUCAAUCUGUAAACCCUCAACAACAUAAAGAAGUUCUUCCUCUACAUUGGAAAAUGCAACACUCCUUACAACUCGCUUCUGCAUAUGCACUCGGUCGUGCAUUAUUGGAUGUGGAGGAAAAUGACGGUGUUGAGGUGUAUAGGCAGCUCGAGCCUAUAUUCACGAAUUAUACACCUAAUUUUGUUGGUUGUUUAGAUUAUAUUUUCUUUUCUCCUUUUAAUUUAGAACUUGUUGGGAUAUUAGAACCAAUUUCUGAACAACAACUUAUACGGGAAGCUGCCGCGUUGCAUCUACCAAGUCCUGCAUUGCCUUCCCCCCUCCGUCCUUCUGAUCAUAUUUCUCUUGUUGCUGCAUUCCGCUGGGUUGAUCCAUAA